CCGCUGCCUUUACGCCGUUUGCGUAGCGUGCCCCAAGAUGGCGUUGCGGUCGUCGUUGGCGGCGGCUGGAGAGCUGGCGGCGGCGGCAGCGCUGGUGGAGCUGACGGGGGAGAUGAGGCGGGCGAAAGGCGGCAGCGGCAGCAGCGUGUAGCGGAGGCUCCCGGCGUGUGAGAGACUCUCCUGGGAGGCGGGUCCCCUCAGUCCCCGCUGCCGGAGACCGGCGGGUCCCACCCCCCUCAGGGCCGCCUCCCCCCCCCCCGCCUUAUUCCCCACUGGGCCUCUUGGAGCCCAGGCCUUGCUCCCCCCACAACGCCCCAUCCUCGGUGUCCUCCCCGCGCCUGGGCCUACCCCCUUUAGCGCCGAGCCCCUCCGCGCCGAGCCCCCCACUCAGCCCCCUCGCUGCCCCCCCUUCCCCAGAACGGAGGAUGAUGAAGCUCAAGUCCAACCAGACUCGCACCUACGACGGGGACGGGUACAAGAAGCGGGCGGCCUGCCUGUGCUUCCGCAACGAGAGCGAGGAGGAGGUGCUCUUGGUGAGCAGUAGUCGCCAUCCAGACAGAUGGAUUGUCCCAGGAGGUGGCAUGGAGCCUGAGGAGGAGCCCAACGUGGCUGCUGUGCGGGAAGUCUGUGAAGAGGCUGGAGUGAAAGGGACAUUAGGAAGAUUAGUAGGAAUUUUUGAGAAUCGGGACAGGAAACACAGAACAUAUGUUUAUGUACUUAUUGUCACAGACGUGUUGGAAGACUGGGAGGACUCUGUCAAUAUUGGAAGGAAAAGGGAAUGGUUUAAGAUAGAAGAUGCUAAAGAAGUUCUGAAGUCUCACAAACCAGUGCAGGCCUCAUACUUUGAAACCUUGAGACAAGGCUGUUUGGCAAACAACGGCACUCCUGUCAUGACCACUUCAUACACUGACUCUAAUGAGAGCUCUGUCUCUGACAUCAGAUGACUGAAGAUGUCCCUAUAAAAGAAAGUUUUGGAAAAUAGACUGAAACAUGGAUUUCCCUCCUCCUCCCUCUCCCACCCCCUUUCACAUGCCUCCUCUGUUGAACAAGGCAUGGGCAGCAGCCUAUGGUAAAGCAAGUGUUAAGAGUGGUGCAGUUUAGUGCAAGGUGGGGUUUUUUGCUUUUUUGGAUAUGUAUUUUGUAAAAUACAUUUUGUGCAUGAAGUGCCCCUUUCCCUUUACACCGCUACCCUGGCCUGGAGAGCGACGCUGCUCGUUUCGCCUCUGCCUUGUGUUCUGAAGUGUUCCCAUAUGUGUCAACCCAGCCAUAGCCAGACAUUUUUCUUUUUUUUUUUUAAUUAAAGACUGCAAAUGUGAGAUCAAUUCUUUAAGUCUUAGUCUGUACUGUAAGGUGCUGUUCAGACCUGUGGUGGUCACUUUCAGCGCAUAUGUAUAAACUAUUUUUUUUAGAUGGAGGAAUCUAACUUUUAAUUUUAUGGGAAUUUUUUUAAACCUGGGCUACUUGUGAAAAGAGGGUUUCAUAAUUAAUCAGUUUGCCUUGUUUUUUUAAAUACAAAACUUUUUGUGACCAUGCUAAUGGCUGGGCCAGUUUACUCCCCCAUAAACCCCCGAAACUUAGUGCAGUGACAUUUUAUGGUCAGAGCAAAGUUUUGAUCACCUUCAGGCAUCCCUGGUGCUCAGUUCCUUCUACAGAUUUAGCCAACAUUUCUGCUUUUGUAUUAGAAUGAAACACAAGGAAUUGGUCUUUACCGCCCAGUCAAAAGCAAACAGCCUCAGAAACACUAUGAUAGAAACUGAUUUUUGGCCUCAAUGGUAGGAAUCAGGGAUUCAAAGUGUGGUUAAAAUCUAACCAACGGGAGCUUCAAGCACCAAUGCUGCCCUGCUGUUUUUGGAAUUCUUUCCCGUCUUGCUGCAUAUUGCUGAUGUUCCUGUCCACAUGCCUUAUACUGUGCUCAACUGGGUAUUGUAAUUUGUGCUAAAGUAUUGGAUUGUACUUAUUGAGUGUCAUUGCACAAACCCUUGGGGGAUGUCCCUGUCGUGUCCCUGAAAAGAAGUCUUGGGGGGAGGGGGGAAAAAUCAGGUGUUGAAUCUCUCUUGUAUGUGGCGUUGCAGCACUUAUAAUUGUACCACAGAGCAUACUCAGAAUGUUAAAACUAUCAUCCUCUGUGACAAAGGUACAGCUGGCUCCCAAGCAGAAAUGCUAGUGUGGAGAAGUACAUCAUUUAAUAGGAUAGUUGCCCUGAUGCAUUGGCACAGUUCAUGGUUUUUUUUUUUUGUUUGUUUGUUUUUUACUGAUGUAAGUUUCAUGCUGUCUUGAUUUGCCAACAGUGUUGUCUAGUUGGGAAAUAAAAUGGAAAGGGUUGGGGCUGGAGGGUGGGAGGGGUAGGGAAAGGUUUGGGAGGGGCAUUAGUUAAUCCCUGGCUUGGGACAGGAGCUAGUUGCUGCAUUUGGUAACUUCUCCUUUGUCAGAGCAUAGCCAAGAUGUGAAAUUAAAUCUGCAGUACUCUUCCUUAUAUUUAACAGAAAUUAUUCUAAUAAAUACUCAUACUUUUCAAGAGCAUUCUUUCUUCCCAUUAAGCACUUACAAUAUAAAAUUCUGAUAGACAUAUCAAUGGAGCUGGGGUAAUGGGAAUUGAUAUUUUCACUACUUUGGCAAGAGGCUGUUCAAUUUGAGAUCCCAUUCCGUUCCUUUACUUGUUCUCCCUACUUUCAUCAGUAUGGGAUAGCAAGGCCAAAAGCGGUGCCAGUGAUCGCCAACAUGAAAAGGCUGAGGGGCAUUAUUCAAGAAGUAGUUUGAAACUGAGCAUCUGGAAUUCAGCCUAAAUUACACCAGUUCUGUUCACUUCAACUUAGAAACAAAUGUACAGUCCCUUCUUAGUCUUUGUUGAUCAGCCUGAACAUAACUUUAAAAAGGGCUUGAAUAAUAUAUCAAGAAAUGGACAAGAAAGUAAAAGAAUCUGCUCUUUCUGAGCCGUUAGCGGCGCCUAACAACACAGCCAUCUACUGCCUUCAGUUGAGUUUUUGUCCUUCACUGUAUAGAUUAAUACAUUACAAAUGCUUUGCAAAAAAGCAGCUGGUACUCCUGAAAGAGUAACUGCAGUUUUAAUAUCAAUAGCAUGCACAUUUUUGUUUCCUUAAUUCUAAAAAUGUUUUUAUAGGGCUGUUAAACUGACACUUUAGGGUAGUAUAUUGUUAAUGACUUGUUAGUGGCUUCUUUGUUUGGGUCAGAAAAAUAAAUUGUGCCAAGAAAGUAUUUUAAUGUGGCAUGAAUUGAUGCUGUUAAUGCAAUUACAUUGAGUGGCUGGUGUUAUGCCUUAUUAACUGGAAAUAGAAGAUUGAGCUCUGGG